AUGGACGAGUUUCAAAAGCGUCUUGAGCGUCUGAACCAGCUGGCGGCGCAGACGUCCAUCGUCGACGACUCGCGCCGCAGCAUGGCCGACAACCGCAAUCUGCACCGGCUAACGUGGCUGGCGACGAUGUUCCUGCCGUUGAGCUUCGUCGCCACGCUGCUGUCGAUGCAGUCCAGAGUAUCUGAACUGGGUAACGCAAUGUGGGUAUGGGCGGCCGUUGCUGCGCCGAGCGCCGGAUUGACGCUAGGCGUCAUGUUUCUUAUUAGCUCAACCACGGCGAAGGAGGUUAUUUUGGAUUUUCCUUAG